GGUAGGUUUGCUGAGAGGCUCCCUGCGUGACACUUCAUCCAAUCAGACGUGAAGCUGGCCCGAGACGUGGAGCCAUGCUGCGUACCCAAGUGCCCCGGCUUCCCCGGUCCACAACUGCCAUUGUCUGGUCGUGCCAUCUAACGGCCGCUGCCUCCGCCAUGGCUGGACCUUCCUCUGAGACGACCUCUGAGGAACAGCUGAUCACCCAGGAGCCCAAAGAGGCCAACUCCACGACGGCCCAGAAGCAGAGCAAGCAGAGGAAGCGAGGGCGCCAUGGGCCCCGCAAGUGCCACUCCAACUGCCGUGGGGACAGCUUCGCCACCUAUUUCCGCCGGGUGCUGAAGCAGGUUCACCAGGGCCGCCUUUCCCGGGAGGCCGUGAGUGUCAUGGAUUCUUUGGUUCAUGACAUAUUGGACCGCAUCGCCACUGAGGCUGGUCGCCUGGCCCGCUCCACCAAGCGCCAGACCAUCACCGCCUGGGAGACCCGGAUGGCUGUGCGCCUGCUGCUGCCAGGGCAGAUGGGCAAGCUCGCUGAGUCCGAAGGCACGAAGGCUGUCCUCAGAACUUCACUGUAUGCCAUACAGCAACAGAGAAAGUGAAUACGCUGAUACAAGAAGCAAGGUCUUGGCUCAAAUCCUGACUCCCCUAUGAAGAUGUCCUGACCCUCCCAGCCUAGAGAGAUUGCUCCCUCCUUGAGUCACAG